AUGGCACCUCAACAACAAGAUUCCCCUCGCUACCAUCGAAAUAAUCGCGAUAAUCGUAACCAUCAUCACGAUAAUGACAACAAUAGUUCAGCAUCAUCUUCUAUGGUGAAUACUGCACUGGAGAAUACCACUAUCCAUCAAAAAACUCUUCGAACAAGAAUUAAAAAGAUCAUGCAUGCUUCCGCAUCAUCGGAACCUCAUCAACACAACAAUAAUCAUCAUCACAUCAAGAAACACUCAUCACACAAAUCUAAAAUUCCUAAAGAUGUUCUCAAAAAAUGUUUUUCUCAAUUUCAAUAUUUAAUUCAACAAACUCAUAUUGAACAUUAUUUUGCGUCACAUCCACAAGAAAAAAACAAACGCCGAUGGACUGAAGAAGAUCUUGCUUCCAUAGAACAUUUACAUAUUUAUGAUUUUGAUGGUACAUUAUAUGAAACAUUAUUACCUGAAGAAGGUAUACCUCUCUAUGAAAGCAUUACAGGUAGACCAUGGCCCUAUGGAGUCGGUUGGUGGUCCAAACAUGAGUCGAUCUCUGCAUUUUCUUUUCUGAAAGAUGAUAAUGAUGAACAUGUUGUUAAAGAAGGUGAAGCUUUGGAGCAUUAUUUAUUGUUGAAAGCUCAAAAACAACGACAUGAUUUGAUUGUGAUGAUGACUGGAAGAAAAAACUCCUUAAAGAGAUCAGUGAUCGAAUUUUUGAGUCAUAGACUUGAGGAUGAAACCUUAAUGCCUGAGAUUAUGUGCUUCAAACCUGAUGAGUUUGGAAGCAAUACUUUGGGAUACAAGGUUCAACAUAUUUAUGCUUUUUGUAAUUCAUUACCCAAUUUGAAAUUUAUCACCAUUUGGGAAGACCGAGUAGAACAUGCCAACCGAUUUAAAAAUUUAAAUAUUAAGAAUUUCACGCUUAACACUUCCAUUACGAUCGACGUCAAGAUUGUUGGUAAAGAAAAGGAUAAUGGCGUUGAGGAAUAA